CAAGGUAACAAGUAGUGGGAGCCGGAAAGGGGGAAGCGGUGGGGGAUGGUAGUGUCCGUUCCUGCCGGUUAAAAGGUCCGGGCCGGGUUUUGCACCUUGUCCCCGGGUCUGCUUGACGGCCUGGAGGAGCUGGGAGCCGCCGCCGCCGCUUCUGCUCUGUUUAUUGAGCGCGCUUGUCCUGGUAUCACUCCGCUGGCAUGGAGGAGGAGGAGGUGGAGAGCGCCUGAUCAUUGUGAUGGUGGCAGGAGGAGAAGCAGCCAGCGAAGCGGCGGCGCACUCGGCUGCCCGUGGAGCAGCUCGGCGGACGGCUGGCGGCAGACUUCGGAGAGCGACUUUUGCAGAUCGCGCCCCGGAUUUGUUCACGUGUUGACUCCCCCCCCCCCCCAGCUGGAGGAUUUGCUUUUUUUAAACAAAGGUUCCUGUUGCAGUACCACUGAGCAACUAAAGUACUUUUGAGAACACGGUGCGGCAUAAACACCCAAACUUUUUUCUCCCCCUUCCUGGCAAGGAAACACAAUCAGAAAGCGACUCUGCCUGCCUCCUGAUGCUGUGGCGUGUGAGUGCGGGGUUGUGUGCGUGUGCGUGCCCGCCGGUGUCUGUGUGUAGCUACGAGUGUGUCUAGAGAAGUGUGAGCGUGGAAAGAUUCCUCUCUAUGGGCGCAUGUGGGUGCGUGGCUCACGGUCGCGCUUUUAAUACACGGGGGAGACCAGGAAGGUUUUCGGUCCGGAUUUUGGUUUGGAAAUAAUGGAUUAUUAAAAAGAGAAAGACAAAGAAAUAAAGGGGGGGGGAGAGGAAGCUCUCCUCCCCGGAGUUUGCCACCGAACUGCCGCUGCUCAGUUUGUUGGGAUUCCUUCUGUGUUUGUUGAUUGUCUGGUGAUAACCUCACAGCACCACCUUCUGGGUUUGCUUUGGGUCGUUUUUGUGAUUGCCCUUGCCCUCUGCCGGAGAGGAUCUACAACCGAGGAAGAGAAAGGGGGCUUUGGGACCUCACCCCCCCCCCGGCAUUUGCUGGCCUCCGCUGCGUCCAUGGUCCGCUAAAGAGUAUCCCGUCCGGAGGACCCUCGUGUUCGUGCCUGGUGUGUGGCGCCCGCGUGUCAGAGAAGGGUGGGGGGGCAAAAGUUCUUCCAAAAUAGUGUGCACGGAGAAAGGGAUGGGGGAUUUUCCAGCCCCCGCUGCCGCCGCGAACGGCAGCAGCAACCUUUGCCUCAACAAUAACCUGAGCGGCAACCUCGGUGGGGCCGGCGUGACCGGCGCUCCCCACGGCCCUCUGCCCGGGAACGGCGCUCCUCACGGCGGCGGCGGAGGCGCUAACGGGAGCGGCGGCAUCCCCAAGCACAGCACGGUGGUGGAGAGGCUAAGGCAGCGCAUCGAGGGCUGCAGGAGGCACCACGUCAACUGCGAGAGCAGGUACCAGCAAGCACAGGCCGAGCAGCUGGAGCUCGAGCGAAGGGACACGGUCAGCCUCUACCAGCGCACCCUGGAGCAAAGGGCCAAGAAAGCGGGUGCUGGAGCCGGUGGCACCAAGCAGCAGCAGCUCUCCAGCAAGCAGCCGCAAGAUGCCGAGUGUGCCGCGACCGAGCAGAGGAACCACACGCUGAUCAUGCUACAGGAGACAGUGAAGAGGAAGUUGGAAGGCGCGCGCUCACCCCUCAACGGUGAACAGCAGAACGGUGUGUGCGACAGCAGCUUCUCCCCAACCAGCAAGCGGAUGCGAAAGGAUGUGCCUGGGAUUGAUGGAAUCAACAACUUGCCCAACAGCUUGCCUUUGCCUUCUCUUUCCCCACUUCACCAGCUUGAUAUGAAGCCCUCUUUACCUCUGAAAAAUAGUGGAACUCAUGCUGGGGGUCUGGAUGACUUGGGUAAAAAUGUCGGGCUGCCAGAAAUAAAACUCCCAAUCAAUGGAUGCAGUGAGCUUGAGGAUAAUUUUAGCAUUCUGCACAGCAACAAGGAGCUAAAACAAGAGCCACUGGAUGAUCCUAGCUGCAUCGACACUUCUGACACCUCCCUUUCCAAUCAAAAUAAACUCUUCUCAGACAUUAAUCUGAAUGAUCAAGAGUGGCAGGAGUUAAUAGACGAGCUGGCUAACACCGUUCCAGAGGAUGACAUACAAGAUUUGUUCAAUGAAGACUUUGAAGAAAAGAAGGAACUUGAAUUUCCCAGGCCUGCCACUGAGAUACAAGAGAGUGCAAGUGUUAAAAGUGAUCCAUCUCACUCCCCGUUUGCCCAUGUACCAAUAGGGUCUCCCCAGGUAAGGCCUUCUUCAUCAGGUCCCCCAUUUUCAAAUGUCCCUACAGCUUCUAGCAUAUCUUCUGCCUCUAGUGCACCCUCUGCUCCAGUCCUUGACAGCUCACCAGCAAAUUGUGUUGUCCAGUCUCCCCAGACUCCCAACCAAGCACACACCCCAACCCAAACUCAGUCACGACCUGGCAAUGGUUAUCUCAUGAAUCCAACAUCAGUGACAACGGCGGGCCCAGGGUCUGGUCCAGUGACUGUGUCUAGCACUGACUUGUCUCCAGCUGAGCAGCUUAAACAGAUGGCAGCACAACAACAGCAGCGAGCAAAACUCAUGCAGCAAAAGCAGCAGCAGCAGCAGCAGCAGCAGCAGCAGCAACAGCAGCAGCAGCAGCAGCAGCAGCAGCAUCCAAAUCAAACAUCUAGUUGGUCCCCUGUAGGACCUCCAUCUGUGGGACCUCCAUCUAGUCCCUAUGGAGGACCAUUCAAUACAGAUAAACCAAAUAGCCCAAUGAUGUAUCCCCAAGCCUUUAACAACCAAAACCCUGUUGUGCCUCCUACGGCAAACAACCUACAAAAGACUACAAUAAAUAACUACCUCCCUUCAAACCACAUGAACAUGAUCAGUCAGCAGCCAAAUAAUCUAGGUACAAACUCCUUGAGCAAACAAACCAAUAUACUUUCUUAUGGCAACACUAAACCUCUGACUCAUUUUAAUGCUGAUUUAAGUCAAAGAAUGACUCCACCAAUGGCCAAUCCAAGCAAGAACCCCAUGAUGCCAUACAUGCAGCCCCAGCAACCCCAGCAACUCCAGCAAACACAACUGCAGGCGCAGAUGGCUCAUUUGAGUGAAGAGCAGAAACGCAUGCUUAUCAUGAAGCAGAAAGGAAUAAUGAACCAACAAAUGGGCUAUGGAACCCUGCCCCCCCUCGGUCAGGACCAGCACACGGUGGGACUGUCUCGACCUACGGGCCCCAUGCAGUCCUCUGUGCCACCAGGAUCCAGUAAUGUGGGCACAAGUCCUAGCAACACCAAUUUCUUGAGCAGCCAGCCUCAAGCUGUCAUCAUGAAGCAGAUGCUGAUUGAGCAGAGGGCCCAGCUCCAGAUGAUGGAGCAGCAGAAGCAACAGUUUCUAAGGGAGCAACGGCAGCAGCAGCAGCAGCAGAUCUUGGCAGAACAGCAAAUGCAGCAGCAGUCCCAUUUGCCACGGCAACACCUCCAGCAACAGCACCGGAAUCCAUAUCCUGUGCAACAGGUCAACCAGUUCCAAGGUUCUCCACAGGAAAUAGCAGCAGCGAGGAACCAGGCAGCCCUUCAGAGUAUGAGGACUUCCCGAAUGAUGUCCCAGAACACUAGCAUGAUGGCGAUGGGGGCCUCCCAGAAUGCGGGGACAGUGUCUGCUGCCACUGGCCAAUCUGAAAUGGGAAUGGCUCCCUAUAGCAGCCCAGCAACCAAUCAACCAGGAAUGUACAAUAUGAACACAGCAAUGAGCCAAAUGUUGCAGCACCCAAACCAAAGUAGCAUGAGCCUGGCACCUAACCCAAGCCAAGGGCCAAGGCAGCCCAGCUCAGCACAAGGGGUUGGUAUGGUUGGCAGCUUUGGUCCAAACAUGUUGGUGAACUCCACCUUAUCUCAACAGCACCAGCAGCUGAAAGGACCUGUGGGUCAGGUUCUGCCCAGGCCACAAGCUCCCAGGCUUCAAAACAUGAUGGGACCUGUCCCACAAAGAGCACAGAACUGGCAGACACGAGGCUUACAAGGUAUCCCUGGAAGGACUAGCAGUGAAAUUGGAUCUUUCAAUAAUGGCACAGCUUAUCCAAUGCAAUCUGGUCAGCCAAGGCUACCUAAACAACAUUUUCCACAAGGUAUCAGUCAAUCUGUCAUGGACUCAAGUGGAACAGUAAGGACCCUCAGCCCAGCCAUGGGAAGGCAAAUGUUGCAACCACUCCCUGGACAAGGAACCAGUAAUCAAGCCAGACCAAUGGUUAUGCCUGCAAUAAGUCAGGCAGUUUCCACAAUGACUGGUUUCAACCAGUCCCCUGCACAACAAAUAGCAGGAGGCAACUUCACUCAGAGCAACCAAGGCCAGGUGUAUGAAAGGAAUCCUACUCAGGACAUUUCUUAUAGUUACAGUAAUGAAGGAGCUGGAGGUUCCUUUCCAAAUCUAGCAGAAGGCACAGACCUGGUAGACUCCAUCAUUAAAGGUGGACCAGGAGAUGAGUGGAUGCAAGACCUUGAUGAGUUGUUUGGAAAUCCAUAGUGCAUAGGUGUGUGUAUAGUUACAAACCAUCAUGGGGGUGUUUAAAAAAAGAAAGCAGGAUGUUGUCCAUCCUUGUUUCUGUUUUGUUUUUCAAGCUGUGCAAAAGCAGCUGAUUACAAGUGGCCUCAGUGGAGUUGAAAGCGUUGCCAAGUAGGCCUUGUAAACUUCCCUCUCAGCAGCCUCUAUGCCAUAGUGCAACCACUGCAUGUGGUAAGGAAGCUACUAAAACAGCUCUCCACUGUCCCUAGAAGGGCUUCACAGUGUCUAAGUGUGGCCAGGCACUGGCUGUCCCAAAGCAGGGCAGUUUCCUGCUCAGUUUCACUGGAACUGUUGUAGCUUUCAGAAUACAGGCAGCUGCUCCCAGCAAGAAAGCAAGGAGGUGAUUGUACAUGCCAUGAACACAUAGGUCAGAAGAGGUGCUGAAUUCUGGGUUGAACUGAUUCCAAGUUUCUCUGUAUACUUAUGUCUCUAAUGUAAUAGUCAAGGCUGGGCUACCUGCUUACAGAACAAUCAUGGAUUAUGAGUGGAGAUAUCCAUAGCAGAAUGCGUUCAUUUGGUGGAUGGUUGUCUUCUUUAGGUGGAGUGAAAACCCACACCUGGAUCAUUUGCCUUUGCCUUCCAGUUCCUCAAUUUUUAAUUCACUUUAAUGAUGUGGAAAAAAUCUCAGUAGGUAGCCGCCACCAAAGAUCGGAAUACACGUUUGAAAUAAAGGCAUUAAAAAGGGGAGAGACAUGUCAAAGAGUUUGAAACUGUUGACUUCUACCUUAUUCUUUUCCUGGAAAUGCAAGAUGUGGGCUCUUGCAUGGGGUUGGUAUACAUAGGGGUUGAUAGCUGAUGUUCAAAGUCUCUGAAAGAUUCUAAGGAGUUAAGGAGGUUACACAGAAGUCACACAAAGAAGGGCUGAUUAUUGUGUUGGCUAUGAUGGUUAUAAAUUUGGCACUAGUGACAUAUCUCUGGCUAUGGGGGAAGCAAGUUUAUGGUAAACAUCUGCUCAGAUCAUGUGCUGUCACUCAGAUUUGUUAAUAUAAAGAAGUUCCUAACAAUGCCUAGUCCUUAAAAAAAAGUUAGGAAGGAGAAAUCCUUCCAUUAAGUUAACUUCUAGUGGUAACUGAAGAUAAGUUUCCGAGCUUCCCAAAAGUCAUCAUCAUGUGGAAUUGUGUAAGCCACUAUUUUGUGUGAUUAGAAUCCAAAAUGCUUUGUCUAGAACCUAAGGAGCUAGAAGUCAAGUUUCUGGUUUCCUUCAUUCAUCACAACCAACUAGGCUUUAUAAAUGUCUGUUUGAUUAAAUUUAGUGUGAUGUCUUAUCAACGAACUGAAGAAUGAGAUGCUAAAAAAUAUUGUCCCUGACGUGUUCCUUGGCAUCUAUUGUCAUGUCUGACUGAAGAAACUGAUAAUGAUGGGAACUGAUGUGUCAUACUUCUGGUGGCCUAAGACCUUUUGCCAAUGUUGAACACAGAACUGGUAUUAAACAGAUCAUUUGGGCCUAAAUGCAUACUACAUGCAAUCACAUGCAACAGAAACCUAAUGGUCUUUCCCCACCUCCCAGAAAAAAAAACCUACUGCUAGAGCAAAUUAUUUUUAGCAGAGAAGCAGUACCAGGGAGUGGUACUUAACACUUCCACUUGAUUCACUGCUUCCCCACUCUAAAUGCCACUUUGCUGACUUUUGAGUUAGCAUGUUUUUUAAAUUGCUCACAUGCAGUCUAAUGUAUUAGUGCUGAAACAAUUCAGCUUGUGCUGCAGUAUGGAUCGGUGCACUUGCACUUCUGUGCACUUACCACAAGGUAAAGUAUUUAUUUUCCAGAAUUACUAUAGGGCCAUCUUCCCAUUCUUCCUGGUGAACUGUGUGGGACAAUGUACUUAGCUUGUUCCGUGCCCAACAAGUCUCUGGCAGUGGAAUAAAGGAAGAGAACUGCUUGAAGACACCCAGCCACUGUGUACCCAAAGAGUUGUGUCAAUCAGCUUUGUGUGUAUGCAUGUGUAUGCUGCAGGAGCCAAGUGAAGAUUGGAGGGGCACAGAAAGCCCUUUCCUUUAAACCAGUUGUUAAGGGUUGCAAAAGUUUUCAUUUACCUCUCUCAGACAGUUUCCUUGGAUUGGUGAGAAUGGGAAGAGCAGGACUUUGGGACUCUGAUUUGCACAAAAUCUAACGAGCAACUAAACUUCACAUUUGCCUUUGCAGAGAGGUUCAGGGACUAGUAUACAGUUUGAUAUGAGGCCUCAGAAUCUACUAUUACCUGUGUAAAGCUUCCUCCAAAUACUCUAGACUGGGACCAAGUAAUAAAGAGUCAAAUUUUAAUCUCUAUGUUUUGUUUUGGUUUUUUAACUAUGGUGCUGAUGUAUAUGAAAUGUUAAAAAAAGAAUUAUAUGUAAAUAUGUUUUUACAAUCCUGCGGAUAUCAUUGGGUCUAAUCUGUAAAAUAUAUGCAUAUAAAUAUAUAUAAAUAUAAAUAUAUAUAAAUAUAUAUAUAAAUGUUUGUUUAAAAUAGAGUAUUUUUAUUUCAUUCUUUAACUCAUCCUCACUGCAGUGGUAUUGCACUUCAGAUGUCUAAUUACUAAUUUGUACUGUAUCCUUGCUGGCAAAUUGCUCCAUUUUAUUCAGAUUUUUCUAGUUUACCUUUUUUUACUUUGUACAUGGAACAUUGCUUAUUUCCUUUUGAGAACUGUACAGAGCUCUGAAAAAAAACGUAGAAAGAAACUAAUAACAUACCAAUUUUAAAGAAAAAAAUAAAAUAUUGCUAUCUGAAA